AUGCUGAAACAGAUACUAUCAGAGAUGUACAUAGAUCCCGAUCUGCUGGCAGAGCUCAGCGAAGAACAGAAACAGAUCCUGUUCUUCAAGAUGAGGGAGGAACAGAUCCGCCGAUGGAAAGAAAGAGAAGCAGCAAUGGAAAAAAAAGAGUCCUUGCCAGUGACAUCCAGUCCAAAGAAAGAGAACGGCAAAUCUGUUCAUUGGAAACUGGGAGCCGAUAAGGAAGUCUGGGUCUGGGUGAUGGGCGAACACCAUCUAGACAAACCUUACGAUGUGAUCUGUAAUGAAGUUAUUGCUGAGAGGGCCCAGCUGAAAGCAGAGCGGGAAGCGGAAGAGCUCAGAAAAACUCAGUCCAAAGACUUCGCCAAUAGCUUGAAAAUUAAAUCACAAUAUUAUGAUCUGCAAGCACCAGAUACCCAGGAGACUCAGAAUAUCUGUAAGAAAGCAGCAGAAGAGGAAGAAUUGGGGAAAGGCUCUAGACCAGCACCACUCCUUGAAGAAGAGAAGAGUCCAUCACUCUCCAGUUCCUCAAGAAAUAUUCAACAAAUGUUGGCAGAUUCUAUCAAUCGUAUGAAGGCAUAUGGAUUUCACCAGAAGAAAGAAUCUGUGAAGAAAACACAAGAUGAAGAACUAAAACAAAUAGAUGAGGAGAAAACCAAGCAGAUUUAUAAAAGCUGGAAAGAAGAUUCAGAGUGGCAGGCAUCUCUGCGAAAAUCCAAAGCAGCUGAUGAGAAGAGACGCUCUUUGGCUAAACAAGCGCGGGAAGACUACAAGAGGUUAUCCCUAGCGGCUGAAAAAGGAAGAAGCGGUGAGGGACCACAAAGCCCCCCAGGUGUUCCACAGAAACCAAAAAGACCCCCCCUUCCACCCAAGCCUCAUUUCCUAAACCUGGUGGGAUACCCUCGAAAGCCUCUUAGAAACCAGGGAGUAACCAGGACAGCAUCCAACUCUGCCCAGGAGGACAUCAUUCGGUGGUUUAAAGAGGAGCAGCUACCACUGCGAGCAGGCUACCAGAGAACCUCAGACACCAUAGCUCCCUGGUUCCAUGGGAUUCUGACAUUAAAGAGAGCAAAUGAGCUUCUGAGCACAUGCGUGCCGGGCAGUUUUCUGAUCCGUGUCAGUGAAAGGAUCAAAGGCUAUGCCCUGUCCUAUCUGUCUGAGGAUGGCUGUAAGCAUUUCCUCAUAGAUGCCUCUACGGAUUCCUACAGCUUCCUGGGCGUGGACCGGCUGCAGCACGCCACCCUGGCAGCGCUGGUGGACUAUCACAAGGAGGAACCCAUAACUUCCCUGGGAAAAGAGCUCCUUCUCUACCCCUGCGGUCAGCAGGACGAGCCACCCGACUACCUGGAGCUCUUUGAGUGACAGCCUCCAUCGUGUCAUCCUGCCCCCUCCAGCUGGGCUUUCCUCUGGGUAAACGCUGCUGAAAUAGGCCUUUGUGUGAGAAGCCAAA